GAGGAAAACAUCUUUACAGAGCAACUCGUUUACGGCGCUCAAUUACGCACGUCUAAAAGUGUUUUGGACGGUCCGAAUUUUAAAAAAACUAUUCACGUGAAUAGUUUUUUCAAAAUUUAGGUCAUUGAUUAUCGAAACAGACUGCUGAGAUCGCUCAACUCCGUAAAGAGCCGCUUUGCAGUGGAUCGGUAAAUAAGUUUCUCUCUGCUUGUACACUCUAUAUAAGGCCGAAUUCAAGAACCAGAAGUUUAUUACUGAAUUAGUUGGGGAAAGCUAGAGUGAGAAGAAAGAAUCCAUGGCUUCGAAACCAGGAGUGCUAACUGACUGGCCAUGGACGCCGCUCGGUAGCUUCAAGUACGUGGUUUUGGCACCUUGGGUGGUUCAUAGCGUGUACUUGCUCGCUACGAAAAAUGAAAGUGAGAGAGACAAUGCGCCUAUUCUCGUACUCCCAUUUCUAUUGUGGAGGGCGAUUCAUAACCAAAUAUGGAUUUCUAUUUCUCGUCACCGAACGGCAAAAGGCAAUAACAGGAUCGUUGAUAAGAGUAUUGAUUUUGAACAAGUUGAUAGAGAAAGCAAUUGGGAUGACCAGAUUCUGUUGAAUGGGCUUCUGUUCUACAUAGUGUACAUUAUACUGCCAGGAGCUUCUCACCUACCCAUAUGGAGAACAGAUGGAGUAGUCCUCACAGCUUUGAUUCAUGUUGGUCCAGUGGAAUUUCUCUACUACUGGCUCCAUAGAGCACUCCACCAACAUUACCUCUACUCUCGCUACCAUUCCCACCACCACUCCUCCAUUGUGACAGAACCCAUUACAUCUGUUAUUCAUCCAUUUGCGGAGCAUCUCUCAUACUUUUUACUAUUUGCAAUUCCAAUGCUCACCACUGUGCUUACUGGGACUUCUUCUCUGGCGGCUCUGUUUGGUUAUGCAACCUACAUUGAUCUCAUGAAUAACAUGGGACACUGCAACUUUGAGCUCAUUCCCAAGUGGCUUUUCUCCAUUUUCCCCCCUCUCAAGUACAUGAUGUAUACACCAUCAUAUCACUCUCUGCAUCACACCCAAUUUCGGACCAACUACUCACUUUUUAUGCCAUUCUAUGAUUAUGUCUACGGUACCAUGGACAAGUCCACGGAUUCACUCUAUAAAAAAUCUCUGGAAAAGGAAGAAGAGUCCCCCAGUGUAGUUCAUCUCACCCAUUUAACAACACCCGAAUCCAUCUAUCACCUUCCGAUUGGGUUUAAAUCCUUUGCCUCCAAGCCCCAGAAAUCAAAGUGGUACGUCUGGCUGAUGUGGCCUGUGACCUUUUGGUCCAUGUUCAUAACUUGCAUCCACAGCCGCACCUUCGUUGUAGAGCGAAAUGUCCUUGAGAAGCUCAAGAUACAAUCAUGGGCAAUACCACGAUACACCAUUCAAUUCUUAUUUCAAUGGCAAAGAAAAGCUAUCAGUGGCUUGAUUGAACAAGCUAUAAUAGAAGCAGAGGGCAGAGGCACUAAGGUGUUAAGUCUUGGUCUUUUGAACCAGGGCGAAGAAAUUAAUAGGAAUGGGGAGGUUUACAUCCAGAGGUACCCUCAGCUCAAAGUGAAGGUGGUGGAUGGAAGUAGCUUAGUAGUUGCUGUUGUCCUAAAUAGCGUUCCAAAGGGAACAACCCAAGUCCUCCUCAGAGGCAGCUUAUCCAAAGUUGCUUAUUCCAUUGCCUCUGCUCUAUGCCAAAGAGGGAUCCAGGUUUCUACCUUAUACAAAACUGAAUACGAGAGGCUUAAGCUUAGCACUGGAUAUGGAUCUGAUUUAGUUCUCUCAAGGAGCUAUUCUGAGAAGGUAUGGUUAGUGGGAGACGGACUGAGCAAAGAAGAACAGCUGAAGGCACCAAAAGGGACAUUGUUCAUUCCUUACUCGCAAUUUCCCCCCAAGAAUGUGCGCAAUGACUGCUUGUACCACCACACUCCGGCAAUGCUGGCUCCCUCGUCUCUCGAAAACUUGAACUCAUGUGAGAAUUGGUUGCCAAGAAGGGCGAUGAGUGCUUCACGUGUAGCUGGGAUUGUGCAUGCUUUAGAAGGAUGGAACGUAAACGAGUGCGGCCAAAAGAUGUUCGACGUUGAACAAGUUUGGGAAGCCUGUCUCAAACAUGGCUUCUGUCCUUUGAUGACUCCAAAUUAGUCACAGGCACUUCAUCACUUGAUUCACUUCUAUGCAAGUCGGUCUGGUUUCAAUCUAUUGCUCUUCUUGCAGACUUUGUAUUUGUCCUUGGAAACUUUAGUAUCCAAGAAAUAUCUUACUGAAUGCUUUGUUUCCGUUUGUGUUUGUUCCGUGUAUCACAUAUUCAGACUCUAUAUAACGAGAGAGAUUUCGGCUAAUAUAAAGCCGGUGUUUUAGAAGGUAUUCAAAGAAACAAAUGAAUCGUUACCUCUGAAAAA